UGAACCCACAAACUGAGAUCAUGACCUGAGGUGAGGUUGGUGCUUAACCGACCGAGCCAGCCAGGCACCCUGGACUAGUAGUAUAUGUUUACAAGAUGACUUUGGAAUGUCUGGGAAAAGGAAUGUUACAUAUAAUAAAGCCACCUUUAUGUGGCACUCACUAUAGUCAGGGAUAUACGUCAAGGACUCAACUAGGUACCUUCAUACACAACACUUGAGGAAAGGAUCUGUGCCUCUGUAACUAAAACGGAAUAAGUUGUUAAAAAUUUAUUUUACUAUUUCCAGGCUCGUGUAAUUUUUAUGGUAACACAAUGUGGCCCUAUUCAUUUUUAGAGUGUAGAUAUCAGUUGGCAUGGUGGAAAAGACAGGCACCUGAUGGCAAAAAUAAUGUUUCUGAUAACGGAAAAAGGUCCCUAAAGAAAUGUAUUCUAAAUGUAAUGGAAGUUUUUCAUAUCUUGCUUUACUUUGGACUUGCUGCCUUUCUUCCAGGCAUUAAAUCCAAAACUAUGGUAUGGUCAAACUCAGCCCUACUACAUACAAAACAAUUAAGGACAGGUCUUGCAAUGAGGCUUCUGCCCUUGACAUUCUGUAUAAUCUCAGGCAAACUGGGACUAUAAACUAUGGAUUCUCGAUUCCAUCUUUAAAUGACUGUGACAGGGCAUGUGACUUAAAUGUGUGUGUGUCCCUAAGUAUUUGCUAUCUUAGUAAUUGUUUCCAUUUAUACAAAAGUCUCUGAACUUUCACUGUUUCUACCAAUACCUGUUCAUCACUCUAGCUUUACCAUCCUUCCUGACAUCUAGUGAGAAGAUGCCCUCACCUUGUCCUUCCUCAGGUACAGGCAGCAGUGUUUGGCUACUCCUGGAUCUUUGUUUUUCCAUAGAAAUUUUACAAUCUGCUCUUCAAGACCCAUCUACUCCCCCAAAAGAGAAAGGUGUCUUGUUGGGAUCUGAAUUGAAUUUUUUUUUUUUUUUGUAUAGUUAAAAGAUUAUUCUUUACAAUAUUAUAGUAAGAUAGAUGAUAAACUGCAUGUAUGUGAAGUGUGUAAUUUGCUGAGUUUUGUGAAAGGAUCAACAGGCCUGUGGCUACAGAUUUACUGCACUCAUCCUCGGAAGAGGAAAAGAAAAAACGUGAAACGAAAUGGCUAGUUCAAAGACCAAAUUCCUAUAUUAUGGAUGUAAAAUGUCCAGGUUGCUCCAAGAUUAUCACGGUUCUCAGCCAUGCUCAGACUGUGGCUCUCUGUGGAGGCCGUUCAGCAGUGUCGUGCCAGCCCACAGGAGGAAAGGCCAGACUCACAGAGGGGUGUUCAUUUAGAAGAAAGCAACACUAAUGAUCCACACAACCUCUUGAAUUUGUGUUAAGUCACAGAAAGCCUUAUUAGUUCAGUAAUUCCAGUUAAUCUACCAAAAUACUGGAAUUAUGUUUAAUUUUGUAAGGUAUACAACUGAUCUAUUUUGGUGUCUGUUUUUCAAUAAAGUUUUGAUUAUGGGCAAAAAAAA